AGAGACUCCAAAAGCUUUGACCGGUGCUGUCACUCUGCAGACCAAAGCUAUAAUCAUGUCACUGCGAGACUGCCAGGGGCCAGGCUUCCUACCGUUCCUGGUAAUGACCCUCCUAUUUGCUGUCUGCCUUCUGGCUGACCCUUGAACUCACCUCAUUGGACCCUCUAAGGCGUGGAAGAAUGCUGGGCUCCCACUCUCAACCACAAGCAAUGAAGCCUGCAAGCUGUUCGAUGCCACCUUGACUCAGUACGUCAAGUGGACCAAUGACAAGAGUCUUGGUGGCAUCGAGGGCUGCCUGUCAAAGCUCAGGGCAGCGGAUCCAACCUUUGCCAUGGGCCUUGCCAUCUCUAACGGCCUUGUGCUCGUUGGCACGGGAACCUCCGUGGCGCUGGACAAAGACCUGGCCCUGGCUGUGAAGACCAUGGUGGAGCUUUCCCAAACCCAGACUCUGACGCCUCGGGAGCAGCUGCAUGUGUCUGCGGUGGAGAUGUUUGCCAAGGGGAACUUCCCCAGAGCCUGUGAUCUCUGGGAACAGAUCCUCCGGGACCACCCGACAGACAUGUUGGCCCUGAAGUUUUCCCACGAUGCCUACUUCUACCUGGGCUACCAGGAGCAGAUGCGGGAUUCCGUGGCUCGAGUUUACCCCUUUUGGACGCCUGACAUCCCCCUUAACAGCUACGUGAAAGGCAUCUAUUCUUUCGGACUGAUGGAAACCAACUUCUAUGACCAGGCACAAAAGCUUGCCAAAGAGGCUUUAUCUAUUGAGCCAACAGAUGCAUGGUCAGUGCACACUGUGGCCCACGUACAUGAAAUGAGAGCCGAGAUCAAAGACGGGCUGGAGUUCAUGCAGCAAUCGGAAGGUCACUGGAAGGACUCUGAUAUGCUUGCUUGCCACAAUUACUGGCACUGGGCCCUGUACUUGAUUGAAAAGGGAGACUAUGAGGCCGCACUAACCAUCUAUGACAGCCACAUACUCCCCAGCCUGCAGGCCAGUGGUACCAUGCUGGACGUGGUGGACAGCUGUUCCAUGCUCUACCGUCUUCAGAUGGAAGGGGUGCCCCUUGGCCAGCGGUGGCAGACUGUUCUACCUGUGACCCAGAAGCACACCCGAGACCACAUCCUCCUGUUCAACGAUGCUCACUUCCUGAUGGCCUCACUGGGUGCACGGGACCUCCAGACCACCCGGGAGCUGCUGACCACCCUGCAGGAGGCCAGCAAGUCCCCAGGGGAGAACUGCCAGCACCAGUUGGCAAAAGACGUUGGGCUGCCCCUGUGCCAGGCCCUCCUGGAGGCUGAGAACGGAAACCCUGACCGAGUCUUAGAACUCCUCUUGCCAAUCCGAUACCGAAUUGUCCAGAUUGGGGGCAGCAACGCCCAGAGAGAUGUCUUCAACCAGCUGCUGAUUCACGCGGCCAUGACCUGCACCUCCAGUGUACACAAGAAUGUAGCCCGGAGCCUUCUGAUGGAGCGUGACGCCUUGAAACCCAACUCACCCCUGACGGAGCGGCUGAUCCGAAGGGCGGCCGCUGUCCAUCUUAUGCAGUAGAAACCGCCAGGUCCUUAGCCUACAGCUCAACACUGACCUCCUGGCGUGAGGUUGACUGCCUGGUUGGGUUAGGGUACGGUUAGGAAACAGCUGGGUUUGUUUAUCAGAGGUUAAAGUUCAGUCCUGAGCAGAAUUCUCCAAAUCAGUAGUUUGGUCAAAGUAGGGAACCCAAGUUAAUUUUGAGUGAUGUUCAGAAUUCCUCUCAGGGCCAACAUGCGUUUUUUAAGCCUCCAGAACCAAAGCAGUGGCUAUCAUUUUCAGGUGCCUUGAACAUUGUAUUUUCUUGUUCUGAAGUCGGCAGGCAGCGAAGAGAUGUGGCCAGGUCAGCUGGGAGGUCUAGAAGUCUAUGUGUGUGCACAUGCGCACGCACUCGUACACACACACACUGCACUAGUGAAUCCUUUCCAUUUAGUUUUCCUUAUAUUCUGCACAGGUCCUGCUGUCCCAUUUCCCUGGGGAGGAUUCCAGAGAGCUGCCUGGGGUCCCAGUGAGCAGGGGCAUUUCCUUUCUGGGGGGAGGGUAUCCUGUCUCGUUGGCUUUGGUUGUCAGCCCCAGACAACUGCACCUGCCACCGUCCCCAGAGACGAGGGGAAGAAUGCCUUCUGCCUCCCUGGGGGACUUGGUGGUGCCAACUGGAGCUUCUCUUUAGACUUCACUUGGGAGUAAAUCUUGAGGGAUGUGGCUUCCUUGGCUAGCUCCGAUUCUGCUCCUGAGAGUGGGUGUGAGACCCUCAGCUGUCUUAGUCGGGGUUCUAUUGCUGUGAAGAGACGCCAUGACCAAGGCAACUCUUACAAAGGAAAACCUUUAUUUGGGGCUGGCUGACAGUUUCAGAGGUUCCGUCCAUUAUCAUCAUGGUGGGAAGCGUGGCGGCAUCCAGGCAGGCAUGGUGCAGGAGGAGCUGAGAGUUCUGCAUCUUGAGCUACAGGCAUCCAAAAGGAGACCAUCUUCUUGCAGCCAGCAGGAGGGUCCCUUCUGCACUGGGUGGAGCUAGGCCCUCAAAGUCUGCCCCCACAGUGACACUCUUCCUCCAACAAGUACACACCUCCUAAUACUUGUCACUCCCUAGGAGGCAGAGGCAGGCGGAUUUCUGAGUUCAAGGCCAGCCUGGUCUACAAAGUGAGUUCCAGGACAGUCAGGGCUAUACAGAGAAAUCCUGUCUCGAAAAAACCAAAAAAAAAAAAAAAAACCAAAAAACAAACAAACAAACAAACAAAAAAAAAAAACAAAAACCAACUUGUCGCUCCCUAUGAGCCAAGUGUUGAGUCCAUGGGGACCAAACCUAUUCAAACCACUACACCAGCUUAGGGCUGCUCUGCUGUGGCAAAUAACCAGAUAAGUGACAUAGCCAUCACGAGGUUUAAGCCCAUCUCCUGCUUCUGUGACAGGGACAUCCCUCCUGGAAGUUGAUGCAGUUCCUACUUAAGUAGGGACUGAUGGGCAGGUGGGAGUGGGGAGUGGGUUGGAGGUCUCCAAACCAGAUCUUUGCUUAGCCUGCUCAGAGUCCCUGCAGUCUGCUGAGGACUGGACAGGUUUUGGGCAUUCAUUAAAACAAUUGGUCCCGUUGACUACCCUCUCCUAUGGGAACCUCUGAGCAGCUCCCAAGUGCCAGGUUUGGGUUGCGUCCUAGGGAGAUGGGCUUCUCUAAUCUUAGCUGGAUGAGGCAGCAAGUCAAGAAAUUGUGUAAUCGCCAUAGGAUUUGAAGAGGUACUGUCUCCAUAUCAGGGAGCCUGGGGACAGGUGCCAAGGGGGAACCUCCUCAUUAGUCCUCAUUAUGUAUAUGAUUCCAAAUAAUACAUGAUUCAGCCAGAAGCGGAGUCUUGCUCUCUGUCUCUUUCAGAAAGCCUUCCACCCUGCCUGUGGGCUGGUGACAGUGCCUUCUCUUUGCCCCAUAGCCCUUGGCACUUGCCCUUGCUAUUGAACCACUUUGUGCUGUGAUCUCUGGUAUUCAAUGGCUUCCAUUGAAUGCCUUGUCUGUAAAAGCUGGUAUGUGUAGGCUUUCAUGAAAGAAGGCAUGCAUCUGCCAGGGACAGGCGACUGAUCUUAAAGGGAAAUGUGUAUGCGUCUGGAGAGAUGGCUCCAUGGCUGAGCACUUGCCGUUCUUCCAGAUGACCAGAGAUCAGUACCUAGCGCCCACGUAGAGCCUGUAAAUCUAGCCUCAAGGGACCUGACACUCUCUUCUGGCCUCUGUAGGCACUUGCAUACCUGUACAUACGCACACGUCGGCAAAAAAAAUAAAAUAAAAAUAUUUUUAAAGCCAA